ACAUCAAAGGUGAGACAGCAGAGCAACGAGCGGAGGGAUGGAGGAGAGCAGAAAUUUGCCAUGAAGGAGGAGACUGGGGCGCAUUUAAAAGGCAACUCAUGGUGAACAUGAGGCAAUACAUUAUAUAGUUGUGGAACGAGGCGCACUUGUAUCAGCGAGCUUUACACUGCAGUUGCUGCAGGGAAACGGAGAGUACAGCAAAAAAUAGAUAAAAAAAUAAGCCGAAGUGAAUUCAGCAGGAGACAGCGAGAGGAAACCCUGACCAGAGCAAAAGGGGAGUAUCCCGUGAGGAGGAGAGAGAAGGAUAAAUAGCAGAGGGGAAGAGAGGAAGGGAGACGGAGUGCUGCAACCGGCGACACAGCUCCCAUAUAUAUUAAAACAAAAACACAAGAAUUUAAUCGCAAUUAGAUGGCAAUCUAAUAAACGGUGCGCCAAAACACGCACUCACUGGGGAUAUUCUCUGCUCGCACAUUUAACUUUUCUUUUCCAUCGCUUCACGGGCUCACCCUCGUUCGCUCGCUUAGGCUAUACAGAGGCUCUUUGCUCAUCUCUUGGACCUCGACCUGGAUCUCCUGCUGCAAGCAGGAUCGGGUGUUUUUACUGUGAUGGGGCCAGCGGCCGAGGUUGGGAGCUUCACCAACGGAUUUUUGGACAGCUUUGGGGCUGCGGGUGCCGCUCCGGCUCCCGUCGGCUCUCAUUUUGUUCUUACCCCAGCCGGAGCUGUGGACUACAACUCUGUAACCGGUCUGAUGAUGGGAGGACAGGGGCAAGAGCGGGAGCACCUGGUGUCCGCGGAGAGGCUGUCCCGAAGCCUGGCGGAUCUCAGCCACUUAAAAGGGAUUCUGAGGCGGAGGCAGCUGUACUGCAGGACUGGCUUCCACCUGGAGAUCCACCCCGACGGCAUGGUGCAGGGCACCAGGAAAGACCACAGCAGAUUCGGUAUUCUGGAGUUCAUCAGUCUUGCUGUGGGACUUGUCAGCAUCAGAGGGGUGGACAGUGGCCUUUACCUCGCCAUGAACAGCAAGGGAGAGCUGUACGGAUCAGAAAAGCUGUCAGCAGAGUGUGUUUUCAGGGAGCAAUUUGAGGAAAACUGGUACAACACCUACUCUUCAAACAUCUACCGACAUGGUGAAAAAGGGGCGUUCUACUUUGUUGCAUUGAACAAAGAUGGGACAUCUCGAGAUGGGACGAGGUCAAGACGACAUCAGAGGUUCACUCACUUCCUACCGAGGCCCGUAGACCCAGAUAGAGUCCCAGACCUGUACAGAGACAUACUGGGCCAGAGCUGAGACCAAAGGAGUCCCUUGACCAUAUCAAAAAGCUGGUCUGAGCUAAAAGGCGAAUCAAGGGCACCUAAUAUCAUCCACCUUCUUAAGGGAGAUACAGGAUCUUUUUGAUCUGGACAAAACAGGAUUGUCGAAAUUGCACCAAGUCAGCACUCCACCCUGCUGGAAUGGAGGAAGGAGUGAAAAAGUAAACAGGUCUUGGAGUUUUAACAGUACCAAGAAUCUUUUUGUGGAAGAUGUAGAGACCCAUCAGAGAAACGGAAACUUUGGGCUUUGAAUAUUGCCCUUUUGGUGGCCUAUGCAAAGGCCUCUGUGGCCAAAUGGAUGAUUUCUGGAUUUCUUUUGUUUUAACAAAUGAACCCCAAAUACGUGCUGGUCCAGACUGCAUGUUCAAAUGGAAACAUAUGAGGAUUAGAUGAGAUUAACCCCUGGCUGCUAGUAGCUUUUUACUGCUGUGGCUGAUGAGUCUUGUCAGUUACACUACUAUCAGUAGGCCUUUUUAUUUCACUCAAACAUUAAUGAGGCUGCUAAGUAUACAUUUCAUUAACUUACACAAUCCACUAAAACAUGUUGCUGGUACGUAGAUAAAGGUAGUUUCAUGCACUGGAAAGCAGCCUUGCUUGUUUUGAGAAAGAGCUCUUGGACAAAAAUAGAUGCUGCUCAGAGAUUCUGACUCUUCAGCAAAGUACUCAAGGAAGAAGAGAAGAAGGAGUUUCAUAAUGACUUCUAUUGUAGUCUCCUGUGGUGGAAUACUUUGUGUUCUGUUGAAACACUAGAGACUCAUUUUGAUACCCACUGAAGGAAUUCAGCUGCUGUCCAAUUGACUGCAGUCGAGCAACGUGCAUGGGACCCACAGACACCUUUACAAACAUUUUGACAGAUUUUAUUCUUAUUUAUGAGUUUUUUUUUCUUUGGCCAUAC